AUGGCUGCAGAUACCAGUACAAGAAUUGUUUGGGAGAAAAUCUUAAGACAAGCUAUCUGUAUUAGGGUACAUUCAUUUAAAGUCAUCUUUUUGGUUGUGAUCAUCAUAGUUAUUGCAUGGACAAUUUCUCAAACAAGAUGCUUGACCUUCGAUAUAAACGCUCGCACUGGACAGGGAAAUUCCAUACAAGGUGCCAAUGCGAAUGCUGCACUACAGGAAACAGAUGCACCAAUACACACUGACACUCGUGUGAUUCUCUUGACAUACAUGCGCAGUGGAUCGACCUUCACCUCUGAACUCUUCCAGACUCACCCGGAUGUGUUUUUUAUGUUCGAACCUCUUCAUACAACAUGGUAUUACCAGCCAAAGGUCAUUCCUUAUCUGCAUAAUUAUAAAAGGAUCUAUUUUGAUGACAUGGAGAAGUUUAUCACAGAUGUCAAGAUAGAUACCUUGACUAAAAUCCUGCAAUGUCAAUUUAAAAAUCUGGACAUUUUAACCUUAAUCCAGGAACAUUGGCACCACAGUAAAACCACAAAAGCCUACAAACUUUGUACCAUGGAUCAACGCGGAGUAGCAGGCAUUGAAAAAUGUAUAUCGAUACUGACGAAUGCCUGUUCUAAGGCAAAGGUAAACUUUAUCAAAACUAUUAACCUUACAAUCCAUGAAGCCGAACACUUCAUUGCCAAGGAUCCACACCUGAAGUUGAUUUACCUCGUCCGAGAUCCUCGUGCCAUUCUGUCGUCCCAGAUGCGUUAUGGGGAAUUUGUACCCAAUAGGUUAAACUCUUAUUCUGAGAUGUUUUGUAGAACUAUGUUGUCAGAUAUUCAAGGAUAUGCCAAGUUAAAGAAAAUACACCCGAAACAAGUGAUCUUUGUCAGGUACGAGGAAAUAGCUCACAAACCUAUACCCUUGACAGAGACAUUGUACGAUUUUGUAGGUUUGUCUUUAACACAAAAUGUCACAAAACAUAUCUAUAAUAUCACAAACGGCGGCAACGAUGUCGAUUGUGCUCUCUGUAUAUCGAAAAGCAAUUCGACCAAAGCUGCUGAAAUAUGGAGAAUGCAGACAACACAUGACUUUGUUCAAAUUGUUGAUUCAAACUGUAAACAUGUCUAUCAAUACAUUGGUUACCUUCCAAUACUGAAUGCUUCAACUUUAACAGAUAUGAAUAUUCCUGUCCGGACAAGCCCCUUUCAUGAUCUGGUGUUGUGAA